AUGGAGAUGUGGAGACAUCGAGUCCUAGGAUCGGUGGCCACCCUGCUCCUGCUACUCACCCUCGUCCAACCGUUUACUCUGAACCAGAUCGCGGAAGACGCGCCGCCGACGCUCGGAGGCAUCCAGGACUCGCCGGGGCCAGAGAAGGUGUACGGAGGCAUCGAGGACUGGCCGGGGGCAGAGAACGACCUCCGCGUCGUCGACCUCGCCCGCUUCGCCGUCUCCGAGCACAACAGCAACACCAAUGCUGUGCUGGAGUUCCGGAAAGUGGUGAAGGUGAAGCGGCAAGUUGUUGAAGGCAUGAUGUAUUACAUUACAAUCGAGGUGGAUGAAGGCUGGGCAAAGAAGCUCUAUGAAGCCAAGGUUUGGGACCGGCCGUGGCUGGAUUCCAACCCCAGGAAGCUCUCGGAGUUCAAGCCGGCAGAGGAUAAACUCUGUACCUUGUUGCGUAACAUGCCUGCUUUUCUGCCGAGGUUGAAUCGUGCAGGCUGUAUUGAAUAUAAAUAA